AAAAUCAGCUGACUGCUGUGGCAGUGCGUUUUCAAAUGUUAUUAUAUUUUUUGUAUCAACACUAGAAUUACAGAAGAAAUAAGUGUAGAAAUUAUUUGUGGUGUCUUCUAUAAUUUUAUAUAAACAGUACAUAUAAGAUGAGUGAUUUUGAUUAUCUUUUUAAACCUAUAGUUCUGGUAACAGGUUUUGGUCCAUUUUUAAAUCACCCGGUGAACGCUAGUUGGGAGGCUGUGAAGUUGAUGAACAAAGAAGAAAUAGAGAAGAAACAUAACGUUGAGUUAGUACAGUUGGAGAUUCCUGUGACGUAUGAAAACGUAGACGAAUUUGUGCCCGCACUCUGGGACACUCAUACUCCAAAGUUAAUGAUCCAUGUUGGUGUUUCAAGUAUUGCUAGUAACAUAACAUUAGAAACGCAAGCUCAUCGAAAAGGGUACCAAAGAUUAGACUACUUCGAUAAAUGUCCCGCGAACAAUGUCUGCUCCGCCGAAGGAGCUAUAAGAAUUCACACAAAGCUCGACACGGAAAAAAUAUGUAAAGAUUUCAAUGAUGGAUGUCCACUUGAAGAUACGAGCGCCGUAACUUCGAAAGACGCUGGCAGAUAUCUGUGUGAAUAUAUAUACUACACUUCACUUAGUGUAGAUAAUACGAGAACACUCUUCGUCCAUGUACCAGAUACUAACAUAUAUUCUUCAGAAAGAACUGCAAGAGCACUGGAAAGAAUUCUGGACCUCUGCUUAGAACAAGUAAUUGCAAUGGAUUCAGCCAAAGAAGUCACAGAGAGACUACAAAGUACUAGCUUAAAAAGGGAAAAUUAAUUUAAUGUAUAAAUUAUUCUGUGUACAUAAUUGACUUAUUAGUUAUUUACAUUCCUAAGUUUGCCGAUAUAGGGCAUGAAUAUUAAUU